AUGGUUAACCUGGGGCUGCGGCGGGUCGAGGACAGCGUGGCCGCCAAGCACCCAGCGCUGCAGCAGUACGCGGCUUGCCAGUCCCACGCCUUCAUGAAGGGUAUCGGUACCUUCCUGGCAAGCAGCGGAGCCGCCUUCGCCGUGCAGAAGCUGCUGAACAAGAAGCUGCCGUACAGCCUGCAGUGGAGCGUGCUGGUGGCUGUGGCCACAGGGUCCCUUGCCAGCUAUGUUGUAACCAGAGCUGAGACACAGAAGUGCUCCGACUUCUGGCUUUACUUGGAGAUGGGCAAGUCCCCCCAGGAGCUCGCCGUGGCUGGUGGGAUAUCUCAUCCCACAGGAAAUCUGCCUAGCCCAGAGGACAGAGGGGGCACAGCAUUGCCAGUGAGGAGGAACAAGUAUGGGGAUGUUGUAGAGUAGCCAGCAGAGCACAGCAAACCCUGCCUCUGUCCUGCUCCACCUUUUCCCACCUGCCCAGCCUGAAUGUGUUGCCUGUGAGACCCGCUGGGCUCUGAAGCAUCACCUGGACGCUCAGAGGAGUUGAUCCUGCAGUGAGCAUGGUGGAGGCACUGCUGGGAUUAGCUGCCUCCCAGCUGGCCUCUGAACAUGGCACAUGGGUGUACAAUAAAAGCCAAGAGA